UGCUGAUUCUAAUUGCCCGACUGGCUAUACGGACGCCGGCGGCUACUGUUACAACUUUACGGACGUCGCACUUCCCUGGGACCAAGCUAAGACAUAUUGUGACCAGAAUAACGGACAUUUGAUAGUGGAGGCUACGGCUGAUGAACAUGUGGUGUUUCUCAAUUACAGACAGAACCUGCCCAAUCAAGGCGACCCAAUGUGGCAAGGUAUUUAUGUGGUGCCCAGUGGAGGAAACUGGCAAUGGCUGUCUGAUGCUGGUUUGCUCAACCCUCUGUACACGAACUUCCAGAACGGGAAAAUUCCGCCAUCUACUCCAGGUAGGUGUGUGGCCUCUAACGAGGUCAACUCGGCUCAGGUGUGGCAGUCCUGGGAUUGCACCACCCCUCUGUACUUCCUGUGUGAGCCAUCUAGAUACGCGCACAACUGGGUGAAGGUCUACCCAGAUUCCAGCUACAAACGGUCCAAUGUUGUGGUCAACGCCAACACGGCGCGCACCCGCUCACUUGUGUCGUGUGCGGUCACCUGCUCAACUGUCGCCGGAUGUGCGGCUUUCAACCACCAACGGGCGGACAACAGGUGCCAGUUUAUCCUUAGUGAAGUUCCCGAUAAAACCUAUGUCAUUGAUCAGUCUGGCUGGGAUGUUUGGGUUGACUUCCCACCCCCAGCUUAA